AUGUCUGCUCAACAGGCCGCCGCCGCUGCCAACAGCGAUGCCAACAGCUCGGCCCAGAAGAGCUCCCAGGCUCGCCAGCUCGACCCCGUCGAGAGCGCAAAGCGCGCUGCCGCCUACGCCGCCGUCGACAACCACGUCAAGCCCAACCACGUCGUCAUCGGCAUCGGCUCCGGCUCGACUGUGCCGUACGUCGUCGAGAGGAUCGCGCAGCAGGGCGCCGCCGUCAACGAGAAGCGGUGGUUCGUGCCCACAGGCUUCCAGUCCAAGGAGCUCAUCAUCGAUGCUGGCCUGCGGGUGGCCGACGUCGACUCGUUCCCCUCGAUCGAUGUGACCAUCGAUGGCGCCGACGAGGUCGACAACGCUCUCAACUGCAUCAAGGGCGGCGGCGCCUGCCAGCUGCGGGAAAAGGUGCUGGCCGAAGCGGCCAACGACUUUAUCGUCGUGGCAGACUACCGCAAGAACGGUACGCAGCUCGGCACCAAGUGGACGCAGGGCAUCCCGAUCGAGGUGGCGCCGUUUGCGUUUGCAAAGGUGCUGCAGAACCUCAAGCGCAUGGGCAGCGCCGACGCCAAGCUGCGCAUGGGCAAGGCCAAGGCCGGGCCCGUCGUGACCGACAAUGGCAACUUCUGCAUCGAUGCGCCGUUCCCGCUUUCGUACAUGAAGGACCCGUCGGAGCUGCUGGUCAAGAUCAAGCUGCUGACGGGCGUGGUCGAGGUCGGCCUGUUUUGCAACAUGUGCAAGGCGGCCUACUUUGGCAACCAGGACGGCACCAUCACCAUCAAGACGGCUGACGGCAAGGUGCAGGAGAAUGUCGCCUUUGACGCCUCGCCCCUCGCGACGGCGGCGGCAUGA